AUGAGCGAACCACUCACGCCUUCAACCAUGUGUGUUGGUCGACGAUUGUUAAGUAAUCCAAUAACGCAGGAGAAGAAAACCAACGACAACCUAGUUGAUGAUGCAAGAAGGAGAGAGAGGUUCCUGACUCGAGUAUUAAAUCAUUUCUGGGAACGCUGGCGUAAGGAAUAUUUGACGGAACUACGAGAACAGCACAAAGUAAAGAAUGGUUCAGCAGGUGAUUCGAUCAGCCAGGGAGACAUUGUUGUGGUUCAUGAAGAUAAAAUUCCUCGACAGCUAUGGAAAGUCGGUAGAGUUGAUGAUUUAAUGCGUGGUCGAGACGGGAAUGUACGUGCAGCAACUAUUAGAACAUCGUCUGGAGGUCGAGUGCAGCAACUACAAAGACCGAUUCAACGAUUGUAUCCAAUAGAAAUUCCUACGAAAAACCCGGAGACUGUUCCACAGAUAAAGUUCGUUCGAGACAAUGUGCCUAAUGCAAUACAAAACUUUAAGACUUGA